GUUACAUGGUUGUUCCUAUUCCUAAAGUUGUCCCAAAGCGCGAAAUUGAAAGCAUUCGAUUGAGACGUAACGAGUACGUUAAUAGGUUGCGUUACCUAUAGAAAAAGCUUCUAAUAAGAAUCUAAUUGGAGAAAAGAGAGUUCUUACCCUAUCGUAAUUUUAGAAAAACUGCAUAUUGAUGAGCAAUUUGAAUUUUGAGCAUCAACUUCUAAGUUCAAGUUUGAACUUGAUCUUCUCGACGGAACAUUUAAAGCCAAAUUUAUAGUACCAGCAGUCUAAUUAGCUAGUAUAGAUCAUCUUCAUCAUGCACGCCUUCUUGAAGACUGGCAAGCUUGGUUCAGGAGGAAAAGGUGCAGGAGGGAGUGGCUCCUUGAAAACUGGGACAGGUUCUGCCAACACCCCAAAACCUUGGGUUGAGAAGUACAGGCCAAAGAAAAUAUCUGAUGUGGCGGAGCAAGACGACGUUGUUGCAGUGCUCUCAAAAACGAUGAAUGGUGCUGACUUCCCCAAUCUUUUGUUCUAUGGUCCACCAGGUACUGGCAAGACGUCAACUAUCCUUGCUGCUGCUCGGGAACUUUAUGGCAAAGAUCUAUUUGGGCAGCGAGUAUUAGAACUGAAUGCUUCUGAUGAGCGUGGUAUCCAGGUUAUCAGAGAUAAAGUCAAAAACUUUGCUCAAAAUUCUGUUUCCAGUACCAAGCCUGAUGGUUCUCCUUGUCCCUCUUUCAAGCUAGUUAUUUUGGAUGAAGCAGAUAGUAUGACUCACGCUGCUCAGGCUGCUUUGCGUCGCACCAUGGAAAAGAGCAGUCGCACCACGCGCUUCUGCCUCAUCUGCAACUAUGUGUCUAGAAUCAUAGAACCUCUGACAUCACGCUGCUCCAAGUUCAGGUUUAGGCCUUUGGGUGUGGCCAUUCUGGAAGAGCGUCUACGCUCCAUUUGCAACACUGAAAAUGUUAAUAUCAGUGAUGAAGGAAUCUCCGCUCUGAUUGAAGUUAGUGAAGGCGACUUGAGGAGAGCCAUCACUGCACUGCAGUCUGUUGCUCGACUGCAAAGCGGUCGUGAAAUAAAAGAAGAGCACGUGUACGACAUCACCGGCGCGGUGCCUCAGACUUGGCUGAGAGGGCUGAUAGAGGCUUGUGCGUCUGGAUCUUAUGACAAGCUCUCUGCCUUCGUGGAUGAUCUGAUGGCCGAGGGAUAUGCUGCUGCUCAAAUACUUCUGCAGAUCCACGACUGUAUUGUUGAGGAAGACAAUCUAAGGGACGUGCAGAAAGCAGCUGUGUGUGAGAAAAUUGCUGUGUGUGACCACAGGUUGCUCGAAGGUGGAGACGAGUACUUGCAAAUUAUGGAUCUUUCCUGUUGCCUCAUGCAAAACCUCACCAAGUGAGACAACAAAUUUUUAUGAUAAGAGUGUUAUAGUUGGCCCUUUUGUUGAGUGGCUGCUCUAAAUGCCGUUGAAUGGUUGGCAUCUAUUUUCGCUGUGUAUUUUGUCCAUGUUGAAUUUACACCAGUGUAAUGAGCUAUCAGUUAUCAGUUCCACACUAGUGUAAUGAUCGAUCAGUUCUUAUGCGAGAUGUGUUUGGAGGAAGUGAAUAAAUCACAGUUCAUAUUUGCUGUGCAAAAAAUAGCUUUAUUAAAUUUUGCUGCAAACAACAUGAUGGCGGUCAUUUGCAACAUUUGAACAAAAUACUACUAAAAUAUUUUAUGUUUACUAGCUUAAGACUAUAAAUUGUACCCGAGUAGAGAACUCAUGACUACUUAUUUCUCAUACGAUUUUAUCGAGUAUUCUUGGCUUACAAAAAUAAUUAGUCAUAAAUUGCUUAUUAAGAAUGAAGUAUAGCUUGUACUUCAUAUCACACUUCUCCUUUAAAGAUGCCUCAGCAGAAGGUACCAAAUAAUUUUAACCUUCCUAUCAUAAAAUACGUAUUAAA